CUCUCUCUCUCUCUCUCUCUCUCUCGGUGUGGUGUGUUUGGGCAGGCUCCCAAUCUGUUCUUGAAGUUGUAAGUGCUAGCUUCCAAAGGAUAUUUGAGGAGCUUGAGCCUACAGUGUUGAAUUUGAUAAGGGGUUGUUUAUAUGAGGAAAUUAGGGCCGCUUUAUCUAGUGGAUUAUCAUUGCACCUCAGUCACCUGUUGUCGCUGCUAAUUUCUACCGUUCAGAUUGAUUAUAUCUGGAAAACCGAAGAUUACCAAUUGAUGCUUCAAGUAGCUGGGAUGCUAAUGCAGAAGGCAGAAGACAAAUCUUUUGAAGUUGUUGAUAAGCUUCUACAAUUGAUGCUCUGCAUUCUUGAUGGGCUCCAUUUAGCUGAUAACGUCGCAGUUAUUUCCAUUGUUUCUGUGCAAUGGGCUCUUGUAUUUAAGUUGAGCAAGUCAAGUUUGCUGACUUUUAUCCAACAACUGCUACUAAAAGAUCCCCGCAUAGUCCAUGCAUUCAGAUGUAAUAUUAUAAGUGCAUUAUAUGAUAUUAUAGAAACUUCAAAGGAAGAAGUUAUUCUUUUGCUACUUAUCUUCUGUGAAAGAAUGCAAGUUCAAGUUCAAAGCCCCAGCUUUCUAGAUGGAGCAUCUAGAGAACAGGUUUCAAGGAUUUGCAGUCACUUGCAGGUUGAUAUUAGCUACUGGAUUGAGAUUAUCUAUGAAAUUGUGCAUGGUGAUUCAUCAGUCAUUCAACUUCAGGAGAGUGAAUUGGCUUUGGUGUGGGGAAUCAUUAGCUAUUAUCCUUAUCUGAAAGACAUCCAAGCAAACUCCUUAUUACUUGAUUUUGUGGAUGCACUCGAUCAGCUUCUUGUGAUUGAUGCUGGUAAGUCAUGUCAUCCUGUUUAACUUAGACACUGACACAACAUUCUAUGGAGAAGUGAA